AAUUAUAUUUUCUCUGCUCCUGAUCAAAACUGUAUCAUUAUUUGAUAUGGCGAGCUGUUCAAUCAGUGUGGAUCCAGAUGGUGUUAUAGAAUCAACAUGGAAUGAGGUUUACCAUAACUUUGAUGACAUGAGUUUACGUGAAGAACUUUUACGUGGUAUUUAUGGUUAUGGUUUUGAGAAGCCAUCCGCUAUACAACAACGAGCCAUUGUACCAUGCAUUAAGGGUCGUGACGUUAUUGCACAAGCUCAGUCAGGCACUGGUAAGACAGCCACAUUUUCUAUUGCUAUAUUACAACAAAUAGACACCAAACAGCGUGAUUGUCAAUCUUUAAUACUUGCUCCUACACGCGAAUUGGCAUCACAAAUUCAACGCGUUGUUAUGGCUUUGGGAGAGUAUAUGAAGGUUAAUACACAUGCGUGUAUUGGUGGUACAAAUGUUCGUGAAGAUGCACGUACUUUGGAUGCUGGUUGUCAAAUAGUUGUAGGAACUCCGGGACGUGUCUUUGAUAUGAUCAAUCGAAAAAUGCUACGAACAGAGAAUAUAAAACUGUUCGUUCUUGAUGAGGCAGAUGAGAUGCUUUCCCGAGGCUUUAAGGAUCAGAUACAAGAUGUCUUUAAAACUCUUCGCUCUGACGUUCAAGUGAUUCUUCUGUCCGCAACUAUGCCACCCGAUGUUUUAGAAGUCAGUCGCUGCUUUAUGCGCGAUCCUGUGAGUAUUUUGGUUAAGAAAGAUGAACUAACGUUAGAAGGUAUUAAACAGUUUUACGUUAAUGUAAAACAAGAAAACUGGAAGCUUGGCACUCUCUGCGAUUUGUAUGAUACGCUUUCCAUAACUCAGUCUGUUAUCUUCUGCAAUACACGUCGAAAAGUGAUGCAAGUCACAGAAGAAAUGACCAGCCAAAAUUUUACUGUUUCAGCUAUGCACGGUGACAUGGAACAGCAGGAUCGUGACGUAAUAAUGAAACAAUUCAGAUCCGGUUCCUCUCGAGUGCUUAUAACAACUGAUUUACUGGCGCGUGGUAUUGAUGUGCAACAAGUUUCGCUCGUUAUUAAUUAUGAUUUACCAACAAAUCGUGAGAACUAUAUUCAUCGUAUUGGUCGUGGUGGUCGCUUUGGGCGAAAAGGCGUUGCAAUUAACUUUAUAACAGAUGAAGACCGUCGUAUCCUUAAGGAUAUUGAACAAUUCUACCAUACCACUAUUGAAGAAAUGCCUGCCAACAUAAGUGAUCUUAUUUAAUAGAUUCAAAAAUAAUCCUGCUGUUCCACAUCUAAAUCAUCGCCAUUCUAUUUUUUAAACAUGUUCAUUUCUAAUGCAAAUCCAAAUUCUAAUUAGUUUUAAUAAUACAACUUGAA